AUGACAUCCCGCCCACCGCCCUUGAGCACCGGCGCCAACCCGCCGCAAACCGUCCAUCAACCCCACGGCGCCGCAUUUGUACCCGCCGCCGCCGCCGCCGCCGCCUCCGCCCCCACCGCCUUCGUUCCGACCACGGACGACGAUACGGUAAUGGCCUCCGGAGACGGCCACAACGACGACGAGGACGAGGACGACGGCUACGCCUCUGCCUCCGACGCCGCGGAAGACGACAUCUACUCCCUGACGCCGAGCGUCACAGACUUUGUCUACAAGGAUGGUCGCAGCUUCCACCGCUUCCGCGAAGGCCGCUACCCCUUCCCCAACGACGCUCCCGAGCAGCGCCGCGAGCUCAUGAAACACGACGCCAUGCUGCUCCUCUGCGGCGUCCGCCUGCACUACGCCCCGCUCCGCAACCCGCAGAGGAUCCUCGACGUCGGCACGGGCGUCGGCGCCUGGGUUGAGGAGAUGGGCGACAAAUACCCCGGGGCCGCCGUCAUCGGUCUCGACCUCAGCCCUAUCCAGCUCCUGAUGCAGCCGCCCAACGUGACCUUUAUAAUCGACGACGCCGAAGACGAUUGGAACGACCCUCCCAACACGCUGGACUUUGUCCGCCUGGGAAACAUGGCCCCAUCGAUCCGCGACUGGCCGAAACUGUUCCGCAACGCAUACACGUCUCUUAAGCCGGGCGGCUGGAUCGAGCUCCACGAGUUCCGCUGGACGUACGGCUGCGACGACGACACCAUGCCCGCCGACUACGCCCCCUCCCGCAUGGUCGAGCUCCUUGACGAGGCCAUGGUACGCGUUGGCACAGACAUGCACGCCGCGGAGCGGAACCCGGCGCGCCUUCGCGACGCCGGCUUCGUCGACAUCCGGCAUACGGUGAAGAAGGUGCCCGUCGGGCCCUGGCCCAAGGACGACAUCAAGAAGCUCAUCGGCAUGCUGACACAUGACGUCGUAUACGAGGGCCUCGAGGCCAUCACGCUUCGCCCUUUCGUCGACAUCCUGAAGUGGUCGCACGGCGAGGUCGCGAGCUUCCUGGACGAGGUGCGAAGGGACCUCGGGAACCCUUCGGUGCAUUCCUAUGUUUACUUCCACAUUCUCCUCGGCCAGAAACCGCACAACCUGUAA